CGACGGCGGCGCCACGUGACCGCCCCCCUCCUCUCCCAUUCAUCAGGGCUGGACUGUGUUGUCUUUUCAAUUCAUUUAUCUGCAGGAAUGAUUGCGACUAUCAGUCUAGAGCUCACCGCCUGACUGAGGAGGUGAAAGUUGCGCCACAGGAAGAUAAACCGCAAAAGACAAUAUUGCAUGCAUACAUGAUUUUGCGUGUGCAUCGGAUGAGCGGUAUAGGGGAAUUCCUCGCGUCUUAAAAAGUAAACAGAAAAAACCGGUGGAUUGGAGAGUUUGCUCAGUCGAGUGCGGUGCAAGAGAUAGAGACAGAGAGAGGGGGGAGGAAGAAUAUCAGUGCGUGAUUUUUUUAUUUCUGCUCUCAGUCGUCUCGGCGAGUCUAGACUGAAGAUGCUCUUGGACGCAGGACCGCAGUAUCCCACCAUAGGAGUCACUACUUUCGGCUCCUCGCGGCAUCACUCAACAGGCGAAGUCACAGAGAGGGAAGUGGCGUUGGGGAUAAAUCCGUUCGCGGAUGGGAUGGGCGCCUUCAAAAUCAACCACAGCUCCCACGAUAUUGGCUCCGGACAGACUGCGUUUUCCUCCCAGGCGCCCGGCUAUGCAGCAGCCGCGCUGGGACACCCGCACCAUCCCACCCAUGUUGGCUCUUACUCCACGGCUGCUUUCAACUCCACCAGGGACUUUCUCUUCAGAAAUCGGGGUUUCGGGGACGCCGCGGGCGCGCAGCACAGUUUGUUCGCCUCUGGAAGUUUCGCAGGGCCACAUGGACACUCAGAUGCAGCGGGGCACCUGCUCUUCCCGGGGCUCCACGAGCAGGCGAGUCAUGCCUCCUCCAACGUGGUCAACAGCCAGAUGCGGCUGGGCUUCUCGGGGGACAUGUACGGACGCGCUGACCAGUACGGCCACGUUACGAGCCCGCGGUCCGACCACUAUGCCUCGACCCAGCUGCACGGCUACGGCCCCAUGAACAUGAAUAUGGCCGCGCACCACGGAGCCGGGGCCUUCUUCCGAUACAUGCGGCAGCCGAUCAAGCAAGAGCUCAUCUGCAAGUGGAUCGAGCCGGAGCAGCUCACGAAUCCCAAGAAGUCGUGCAACAAAACUUUUAGCACCAUGCACGAGCUCGUGACCCACUUGACGGUGGAGCAUGUGGGGGGACCGGAGCAGACCAACCACAUCUGCUUCUGGGAGGACUGCGCCAGAGAGGGCAAGCCUUUCAAAGCCAAAUACAAACUUGUAAAUCAUAUCAGAGUACACACCGGAGAAAAACCUUUCCCGUGUCCGUUCCCCGGCUGUGGCAAAGUAUUUGCCCGAUCGGAAAACCUAAAAAUUCACAAAAGGACUCACACCGGCGAGAAGCCUUUUAAGUGUGAAUUCGAAGGCUGCGACAGACGAUUUGCAAACAGCAGUGACCGCAAGAAACACAUGCACGUCCACACGUCGGACAAACCCUAUCUGUGCAAAAUGUGCGACAAGUCCUACACACACCCCAGCUCCCUCCGAAAACACAUGAAGGUCCACGAAUCCACCAAUCCAGCGUCACAACCAUCUCCCGCGGCAAGUUCAGGGUACGAGUCCUCCACGCCUCCCACCAUAGUAUCACCGUCCACAGAAAACCAGAGCAGCAGCUCCAUAUCACCAGCAGCCUCAGCAGUCCACCACACAGCCAGCCACAGCACGCUGACGUCAAAUUUCAAUGAAUGGUACGUGUAAAAUAUUUUUGUGAGGAGAGGUGGAGAAAAAAAAGACUGUGACUGCAGAAUUAAAAAAAACAAAACUGCUUGGAAACAAAGACUUUGUAAAAAAAAAAAAAAAAAUGGACCGGAGGCCCA